AUGAAGACAGAGGGCAUAGACGGUGUGGAACGGUUCGAUAGUCCAGGGAAGGGAAGAGGACUUAGAGUCACCAAAGCUUUCAAAGUUGGAGAUCUCCUUUUCGCAUCCCCGGCGUAUUCAUACGUACUGUCAGUCAGCGAGAGAGGCUUUCACUGCGAGUAUUGCUUCAAACGGAAGGAGGGUCUAGCUAAGUGUGGGCGAUGCAAGAAAGCCUUCUACUGCAAUGUGGAGUGUCAGAAAGGAGACUGGGCCAUGCAUAAGCUGGAAUGUUCGGCUAUGUGUGCCUACGGGGAGAACUGGUGUCCAUCAGAGACUGUCCGACUGGUUGCCCGAGUUAUUGCCAAAAUGAAAACCCAGAAAGAGAGAAGUUCGUCGGAAAAGCUGUUGGCGAUAAAUGAUAUGGAAGCCCACUUGGAUAAGUUGGAUAACGAGAAGAGAGAGAUGAACGAGACAGACAUUGCUGCUCUCCACCACUUCUACUCCAAACAUCUUGAAUUCCCUGAUCACACAGAAUUACUCAGAAUCUUUUCUCAGGUGAACUGUAAUGGAUUUACAGUCGAGGAUGAGGAACUGUCACAUCUGGGCUCUGCCAUCUUCCCUGAUGUUGCCCUAAUGAACCACAGCUGUCACCCUAACGUCAUUGUCACAUACAGGGGAAUCAUGGCUGAGGUGCGGGCGGUGCAGGAUAUCAGUCCAAACGAUGAGGUAUACACCAGCUACAUAGAUUUGCUGUACCCUACAGAGGACAGGAAUGAGAGGCUGAGAGAUUCCUACUACUUCAGCUGUGACUGUAGGGAAUGCAGAACUAAAGAGAAGGACAAGAUGAAGCUGAAACUACGGAAACUGAGCGAAGCUCCAAGCCCAAAGGAGGUCAGAGACAUGGUGCACUAUGCUCGGAACAUCAUUGAAGAUUUCCGCAAGGCAAAACAUGAAAAGACCCCUGGUGAGCUGUUGGAAAUGUGUGAACUAAGCCUGGAUAAAAUGGGCUCUGUGUUUGAAGACUCAAAUGUGUACAUGCUCCACAUGAUGUACCAGGCCAUGGGUGUGUGUUUGUAUAUGGAGGAAUGGGAUAGAGCUCUGAGCUACGGAGAGAAGGUCAUUAAGCCGUACAGUAAACUUUACCCAGCCUACUCUCUCAAUGUAGCCUCCAUGUACCUGAAACUGGGCAGGCUGUACCUUGGCCUCGAAAGGCCCUCUGCUGGUCACUCAGUCCUAAACAAGGCUUUGGCAAUCAUGGAGGUGGUUCAUGGGAAAGACCACACAUACGUGACAGAUCUGAAGAAGGAGUUAAAGGCCCAGCAGAAAUGAGAGA